AUGCGUGAGGUGAUUUCCAUUCACAUUGGCCAGGCUGGAGUACAGAUAGGAAAUGCUUGCUGGGAGCUGUACUGCCUCGAACAUGGAAUCCAGCCUGAUGGUCAGAUGCCGUCAGACAAAUCGCUCGGAGGUUGCGAUGACUCGUUCUCGACAUUCUUCUCAGAAACCGGUAGUGGUCGUCAUGUCCCACGAGCAGUGAUGAUCGACCUCGAACCCACUGUUAUAGGUCAGUUUUGA